AUGGCAGAAACAGCACAGCCACCGGAGGAGAGCAAUGUCUGUGUGGCCGUCAAGAUUCGUCCUCUUGUGGCGUCUGAGAUUGAUGACGGUUGCAGAGAGAGUUUGUUUGUGACACCGGGCUGUCCGCAGGUUUCAACGGGUCAACAUACGUUUACAUAUGACCAUGUUUUUGGCGAGGGAGGUACUGCGCCGGACCAGCUCUAUGCGCGGUGUAUCGCGCCUUUGGUUGAUGGCCUCUUCAAGGGCUACAACGCAACCGUGUUUGCUUAUGGCCAAACUGGCUCUGGGAAAACAUUUACAAUGGGAAGCGAGUACAGGCCGGGAGCACGCUGCCGUGGUGUUAUACCUGACACUAUUAACGACAUCUUUAACCGUAUCGAUGCGGCGAAGGACCGUGCCAUCACCGUGCGCGUAAGCUUUGUGGAAAUCCACAAGGAGGAGGUUAAGGACCUGCUUUUGCCGGCAAGCAACGGACCAAGGCCUGCGGUGACGAUACGGGAGACUCCAAACGGUGAUGUGUCACUGUACGGUGCCGUGGAGAGGGAGGUCCGCAGCCGGGAGGAGAUGGCGGAGGUGCUGGAGCUCGGGACCCUAUGCCGCUCUACUGCUUCGACAAACAUGAACAACCGCAGCAGCCGCAGCCAUGCAAUCUUUACGAUUACCAUGGAGCAGCGGCGUCAGGAGGUUGAGGGCGUGGAAGACUUUCUGGGAGCCAAGAUGCAUCUGGUGGACCUAGCCGGCAGCGAACGCGCUAAGCGAACGAAGGCUGAAGGUGCACGGCUGCGGGAAGGAAUCCACAUUAACCGUGGCUUGCUGGCCCUUGGAAACGUCAUUAAUGCUAUCGUGGACAACCACAAACAUGUUCCAUAUCGCGAUUCAAAGCUUACGCGGUUGCUGCAGGACUCGCUGGGCGGGAACAGCCGCACAGUCAUGAUCGCCUGCGUUAGUCCCGCAGACAGCAACUUUGAAGAAAGCCUAAACACGCUCAGGUACGCUGACCGUGCACGUCACAUCCGCAACAAGCCAGUGGUGAAUCGUGACCCGGUGGCGGCUCAGCUGGCAGUGCUGAGGAACACAAUCGCGCAGCUCAAA